AAACCAUUCCGCUUUCCAGCAAAUUAAAUUAAAUAAAGUUAGCUCUAAAUUAUGAGAGUCAUUUACAUAUUUUCAAUAAUAUUUUUCAUACCAAAUGGGGUUAAACUUUUUAGCAUUCCUAUCGUUAGUGACAUUCAGGAUAUGAUAGGACUUGCAAAUGAUAUUUUUAACAUAGUGAAUGGAGAUGUUCCAUUUAAAGACUUAAUUAGUCCAGAAGCAAAUCCUUUAGAUGAUGUGUUCAAGAAAAUUGAAGAUGUUACUGAGCAGAUAGAGAAUCUAGAUACGAAAUUAGACGAUGUAUUGGCAACAAUUAUUAGUCGACUUCCACUAGAAGACAAUAUUAAUACUGAUAUACGUGACCUCCAACAACUUAUCUCCACAGUCGAUGAAACAUACGACGAAUUUCUGGAAUACGCCGACGACAUAGAGGAUUUUAACAAUGAAACAAUCUUGGAGUUCAUUAACAAAAUUACUUCUACCAAGACCGGAAAUCUUCCAAGCAUACUGAGUUCAAUCUUCAACAUCAUUGUUCCUAAGAAAACAGCACUAUCUCGUGUGGGCCUCCUGGAGAACAUGAUCGAGAGAAGGAAGAUGAUGACUACUCUGGAGACGUGUGAUUCUCCGAUAUCAUUCCAAAAUCAGCUGUUCCAGAUCUACAAUUUGAUAUCAAUUACUGAAAUGAGAGCUUUUUUUAUGACUGCAUAUGCUUACAGAUUGAAAAAUGAAUACGAAAACGUCAAGUCAACUGGCGAAACCAAACGUGCACAGAGUGGAUUUAUUAUGAGAACGGACCAGUACUUGAUAGAGUUCCAGAAGAACGUAGCUAAAGCUGCGAGAGACAUAUAUCGCUGCGAUCCUAACAAACUGACCGAUAAAAAUACGUACAUCGAAUUUGAGGGGCUCUUCACGGCUUUCGUAAUGAAUGAAAUUCAAGCUUUUGAUGGUUCUUGCUCGAGAACUUGUCCGGAAAUUGAUAAAUGGUCAUAUAAUCUUUGCUAUUCCUUUGGUAAUUCUCGUUGGUGUCCAGCAACUCCUUGCAAUGGACACCUUUACCAGUGUGAGUGGAUCGGUGGUAAUGUUGAUAUUUGCGAGUAUACAGGUGAUACUGCGAAACGCUAUGAAUGGGUGCACUCCUAUGCGAAUGGAUGGUAUGGACAGAAGACAAAUUGUUCAGGAUCGAAACUGCAAAGUCUAAGUGACAAGGGUUCAGGAUUGUAUAACUGUGAUAUGUGUAUUUGUAAGUGUGAGGAAAUUCGGGGUGCCUCUAAAGCCAUUAGAACUUUUAGUUUACGUCGUCAACAGACCAACAUUUAUGAAAACAAAGUUGUCUCCGACGUAAAGUUUGUCCUCGAUAAUAAUGUAAUUCAUAUCCAAAUAGAAGAAUCACCUUUGUUACCAACUGGUCAAGUAGAUAGAAAUCAAUCAUCUUGGGUUCCUCUUGAAAAGUUCUCGUAUCUAUCGAAUACUCAAAAUGGAGGCUUCUGGAUAACAUCCACUACCAAUUAUGUUUUUACCGGAGACGAGGAUGUCGAUUAUGCGUAUAUUAAACAUAAUCGGAAAGUAUUGAAUCUUGAUACAAUAUCAGGUGGACCGAAUUACGUCCUAACAGGAGUCAAGUUAAGUCAUGCAGUACAGAUGAAAAAUGGAAAACGUGAAAGUAAAUCAUUAAGUCCACUUCAAUUAGAAGUUCGUGUCACACCAUUUGAUUAUGCUAAUGGUAAAUUAAACCCUACUAAUGACAAUCCAUCAAAGUGGAUCACAGCUCAAACUCAGCCUAAACCACCACCCGCAUAUUCUGAAAAAAGAGAAGAAAUCAAAAUAGGUAGUAAGACGUAUAAAUAUGAAACCGUACAGAAUUCUCCUAGUCUUGCGUCGAAUCGCUUCAUCAAGUUUCAACAAUCUUCCAUCUGGAGUGAUGCUGGUCAGAGCACGCUUCCUUUCCUAGACUCUAGAUCUACGGUUCCUGCUAGUCCUCUAGCACUCGAUGGUCUUGGUCUUAUCUACCGUGGUCACCCUAAAUAUGGAGGAUUUGUAGCUUUUAAAGCACUUACAAUCAAUCUAUCGAGUUUCAUGGAUUCAUCAUUGACUGAUGAACAGCGAGCAGAAUACACGAGAAGCUUCCGUCAAGGUAUCGCUAAUACACCAACUAAGAAGAGAAGGAAACAUAGAGGCCGGAAAAAGCACUGAUUAUAGAUAUCUUAUAUGUGAUGCAUAUUUUUAUCUAAAUUUAUCUAAACUCAGUAAACAUCGUUGGAUAAUGUAUCUAUUGUGUAACGCUAAUUAUCACGCUGGGAGCAAAAUUAUUGUUUUAAUUAUUAUCUAAUAAUUUGGAAAAGUUUUUGCAGGAUAAUUAUUUUAAUUGUAUUUUAUCAAAGGAAUAUAAUGAUUUAUUUCUCUAAAAAUAUUGAUAAAAAUUCAAGUAACAGAUGAAUCAAGUUAAAUUUUACAGCUUUAUUUCAUACGAUUGUGAUGAUAAAAAAAAAACAAUUAAUGGAAUAUUUAUAUAUUCUUGUAUUAUUUUAAAUUAUACUAUUACUCAGAUGUG